UAGCGAAGUCGCAACGGGAGCCCUCUGCUGCUGUAGUGCACCAAAAAAGACUGCCCGAAACUACGUCUGCCCGGAACCAGCCAAUCAUUACCACAAAACCGACCCGAUCCAAUUCAGUUAAUUUCGUCGCGACUCACGUGGGGUGCUCGAUUGACUCUUCUCCUGAAUGCUAAAGUGCAUCCGUCUCUAUGUAUAUUGCAGAAUUCUUUUUCUCCAUUUUUUUGGUGGGUUGGCAGGCAGGGAACUUUUGCUUUGUGCACGUGAUGCUCGAUAAAUUGCCCAGUAGAACUAUUUGAGAUCAAUCCACAUUAUAACAGGAUCAUUCGGCCGUUGUUUAUUGACUUCGCCGAACCCGAUUCAUCAUUCUCUACCAUUUGCUUGUUCAGUUACUCCUUUCAAGCUGAGUAGAAGUCACGCUUGAGCUUGGAAUGUUUUGCUUUUCCUCUUAAGGUGGACUGACGGCACUCAGGAUCGAUGCAUACCUAUUGUGUCCCUCAAGUUGCUUAUGCUUCGGUGCUUUAUGCUUACGCCACCUGCUUUCUCUCUGUUAGACAAUUCAGCCCAUGCUUUGUGGUGAAAUGCCUCCAAAAGCCAUAAGAGUGUCCACGAUGGUGCUUGUAGCUUUCCAAUCUUCAUUCCCCUGAACUCGUAUCACGAUGAUACAAAGGUUGAAACCCAGACUAGCUUUUACCUGUACUAAUGCCAAACUGGGCACUCUAGCAACUCCAACUCCUAAUUUCCAGAAUGAACAGUCUAGUAAUGAUUACAUAAGCUCCAUCUGCAAGCAAAAAUUAUUUAAAGAAGCUCUCAAGGCAUUUGACUUCAUAGAAAAGAAUACCUCCUAUAAUGUUUAUCCUAGUACCUAUACUCAUUUGAUCUCCUCCUGUGCAUCUUUAAGAUUUCUAGAACGUGGGAGGAAAAUCCAUAAGCAUAUUUUGAUGUCCAACUUUCAGGCUGACAUGAUCCUUCAGAAUCAUAUUCUUAACAUGUAUGGAAAAUGCGGUUCAGUGACAGAUGCUCGAAAGGUCUUUGAUGAGAUGGCAGAGAGGAAUGUGGUUUCUUGGACUUCAGUUAUUGCUAGCUACUCUCAAAAUGAUCAAGAAAUUGAAGCAAUAAACCUUUACUCUCAAAUGCUACAGGCAGACCUUUUGCCUGAUCAAUAUACAUUUGGAAGCAUAAUAAAAGCUUGCUCAAGUUUGAGUGAGGUUAUGUUAGGGAGGCAGUUGCAUGCUCAUGUCAUCAAGUCAGAGCACGGUUCUCAUCUUAUAGCUCAAAAUGCCCUGAUUACAAUGUACACAAAGUUCGGUCUAAUUAUCGAUGCACAGGAUGUAUUUUUGCGGAUUAACUUAAAGGAUUUAAUUUCUUGGAGUUCAAUGAUUGCUGGGUUUUCACAACUUGGCUACGAAUUAGAAGCUCUAUACUGUUUCAAGGAGAUGCUUCGGCAAAGUAAUUGCGAGCCAAAUGAAUUUGUUUUUGGCAGUGUUUUUACUGCCUGUGGAAGGCUUAUCCAGCCAGAAUACGGGAGACAGAUACAUGGGGUGAGUAUAAAGUUUGGGUUUGAGAGAAAUGAAUAUUCUGGUUGCGCUGUUACUGAUAUGUAUGGAAAAUGUGGUUUACUUGGUGCUUCAGAAACUGCUUUUUUCCAGAUAGAAGACCCUGAUGUAGUGUCAUGGAAUGCCAUUAUUUCUGGGUUUGCUUAUGGUGGUGAAUCAAACAAAGCAUUGUCAACAUUCUCCCAAAUGAGGAACUUAAACUUGAAGCCCGAUGAUGUUACUAUUCGAUCUUUGCUGUGCGCCUUCACAAGUCCAUCAUAUGUGCUUCAGGCAAAGCAAAUACACUCCUACAUUAUCAAAACAGGUUUUGAUCUAGAUGUCCCAGUGUGUAAUACAUUGCUGUCAAUUUAUGCCAGUUGUUCAGAUGUAGCUGAGGCAUUUAAAAUCUUCUACGAGAUUCAAUGCAAAGCAGAUCUGGUUUCUUGGAACGCUAUUAUUUCUGUAUGCAUGCAAAACGAUCGGGCUGAAAAGGCUUUCUCUUUAUUAAACCUGAUGCUACUGUCUCCAAACAAGCCCGAUCAUAUUACUGUUGUAAAUGUGCUAGUCUGUUGUGGGAAAGUCACUUCUUUAGAAAUGGGAGAUCAAACUCAUUGUUAUGCAUGUAAAACUGCUCUCAAGCAGGACUUGGCCAUCAUGAAUGGACUGGUUGACAUGUAUGUUAAGUGUGGAUCUCUUGAAAAUGCUCAGAAGCUCUUUGACUGCAUUGAAAACCCUGAUGUCGUUUUGUGGAGUUCUCUCAUUGUUGGCUAUGCACAGUUUGGGUAUGGUGAAGCAGCCUUGAAACUGUUUACAAGAAUGAGAAAUUCAGGCGUAAAGCCAAAUGAAGUGACCUUUGUUGGAGUUCUGACAGCUUGUAGUCAUGUUGGUCUGGUCGAGGAAGGAUUGCACUUGUUCAAUACUAUGGAAAUGCAACAUAGGAUAGCACCUACAAGAGAGCAUUGCUCGUGUGUUGUUGACUUACUUGCUCGAGCUGGUUGCAUCAAUGAAGCAGAAGCUUUCAUUAAUCAAAUGGCUUUUGAUCCAGAUAUUGUGGUGUGGAAAACUCUUUUAGCUGCCUGUAGGACCCACAAAAAUAUUGAAAUUGGGAAAAGGGCUGCAGAGAAUAUUCUGAAAAUCGAUCCUUACAAUUCUACUGCUCAUGUGCUACUUUCCAGUAUAUAUGCUUCUACUGGCUAUUGGAAAGAUUUUGCUGCAUUGAGGAACUUGAUGAAACAAAAGGGUGUCAGAAAAGUUCCAGGCCAGAGUUGGAUAGAAGUUAAAGAUAAAAUCCAUGUAUUUUCUGCAGAAGAUGGUUUGCAUCCAGAAAGAGGCAAAAUAUAUAUUAUGCUAGAGGAAAUGUUCUUGCAGAUGCUGGAUGCUGGCUAUGUCCCUAUCCAGAGAUGAGCAGUUGGCCAUGAAAACUGAAAAUACUGAACACUCAAGUCAGAGGUUGAAUGAAAAUUCUCGUGGCUCCCUACUUGUGCUGUGGCAACUCGAGGGGUCUGUGCUGGCCCGAACUAAUUAUCUGGAAGAGUCAGUUUGAGAUCGUGAGGAACUGCUUUUCGACAAAAGUUGGUCAGAUAUACAACUCAUGAAGAACUGGAUGGUUUUAUGACAACAUGAUGGUGGAAAUACUUUCUAACCGUGACAUAAAAGUUUUCUUCAUUUUCAAUCUUUUAGAAGUCUAAACUGAAUUCUUCACAAACCAAUUUAUCUGCAACAUGAUCAUAAUCUC